AUGGCUCAUGAGAUCUUCUACAACAAUCACAAGAAGAAGUUCACUUUAGAACAUGUUUGGUAUGAGCUCAGGAAUGAUCAGAAAUGGUAUGCUCUUUCAACAGACAAAGUCGCUGGAAACUCCAAAAAAAGAAGAGUGUUAGAUGGUUCGGGUGCUGAGGAGACCCAGCCUUGCGAUGAAGAUAAUGGAGGCAAGCGACCUGCAGGUGUCAAGGCAUCAAAAGCCAAGGGCAAGAAGUCAGCGGUAGAGAAAGAAGAACCAUUGCUUGCGCUUCAAGCAGUGUGGCAAAUUCAAGAGAAAGACUUGGAAAUGAAGGCAAAAAUCAAGAAGAUGGGUAUACUUGAAUGUCUUUUAGCCAAGCAAGUGCCACUAUCAGACUAUGAGGAAUAUGUUAAGAAGAAACUCAUUACUGAGUUGUUUUAG